AUGCCAAAAAACAUUAUGCGGCAUCCGUUGAACAACAGAGUUCAAAAUGGUGUGAAGGAGUGCUACAAGCAAAGUUGCAGGCUUAGGGGCAUCGUCGAGGGCGUGCGAGGGGAAGCUUGGCUGUGUGAGCCAGGUGUUGACCCGAAGACAGGCGACAGAUCUGGACCUUACACGGCCCUGAGUUUUGCCAGUUUGGUUGAAUCAUUUUUCAGUGCGCUGGAGGAUGACCCAUCAAACCCAAACUUGCAGUGCACACUACACAGAGGAUUGGAGUGCCGGAUCAUCCACCACCGAGUCCCGCCCAGUGUGGCAAAGUACCUCAUCCAUCUCCACAAUAGGUUUCAUUCUGGAUCCAGCACAUCGUUUUGUGAGCUUGUCAAUCUGAUACCCGAUGUGGAGUCAGCUCUUCAGGCUUACAAGCUGCACGCCGGAAUCAAGUGGACACAGAAGGACUAUGAAACCAAGUGUUCUGAGUAUAUCCGCACCCACCCAGAGUUUGGAGAAACCUUUUCUUCGUGGGUGUUGUUUGAGUCAGCUCGUGGCUGCUACAAUGCGUUUGAGAAGAAGUGGCAAAUGCUGAGCGGUUCAACAGGUGUCAUUCAACAGCUUGGGGAGAGCGUUGACUUUCUGAAUCCUCGCAUUUGCAAUUCCUCGGUGCUGCAGUGCAUUUUGCAUGCCGUGAACUCUGUCACUGCUGCUCUCUAUGAUGGGGUUUCACAGGAUGACAUGAAGGUCCUGCUGCUGGAGGUACCUUUGCUUGAAGACAACGCUGAUGCCAACUGGGUGAUCGACUCAACAUCAAAGAAGACCAAGAUCAACAACGUGUUGACCCCAAUGAGUGGGAGUGUGGUAACCACCGGUGACGCCAAGAAGAAGAAGGCCAGUGGUAGUGCAAAAGCGAGGGGCAAGGCAAAAGCAAAAGCAAAAGCUCAAGCUGGUAACAACAAUACACCAGCGGUUCCCCAAUUGCCAGAUGAGGAUCACGUACAUGAGUCCACUGUGGCUUGCUCAGUGGGCGUGCGGCAGAAGUUGUGGCUGGAUGACAUGCUUGCGUGUGUCAACCACGUGUGCACCAGUGUGGCUACCAUGGGUGUGGAGGCUGUCCACAUCACGUCAUUGAAGGCUCAGUUGAUCAGAACCGCUCUCCUGUUUGCCAUCAAGGGUAGCAUCGUGCUUGAGACAGCCAAGGCUACACGGACUCAUCGAAAGUGGUCAACGUGCAGACCUGCUCUCAAGGAACACGCGAUGAUGUUGCUGAUCCAGGCCCGUUUUUUUAUGUUGCCAAACCUCUAA